AGGCCGCCCUAUGAAGAGCACGCGUUGAUGGCGCGCUGGCUCGUGCACGAAACCACCUGGGGUGUCCUGUCAACCUUGGACCAAGACACUGGCGAGCCCGUUGGGGGUGUGGUCUCGCACAGUGACGGGCCCCGCAACAGCCCGCGCGGCCGCCUGUUCUUCUACGUCACCCCCAUGGACGAGCUCACUCAGAACGUCAUGGCGGUAGCCAGCAGCAGCGCCGCGUGGGGUCAGCCCUGCGGUGGACUGGACCCCGAGGACCCCGCGUGCGCCCGGGCCACCCUGCUGGGGCGGAUGCAGCCGGUGGCGGCGGAGGACCGGGAGGAGGCGCAGGCCGCCUUGUUUUCCCGGCACCCCCGGAUGGCCGACUGGCCCGCAGACCACCACUUCAAGUUCUUCGAGCUGCAGGUGGAGGAGGUCCACCUGCUGGACUGGUACGGUGGUAUGGCGAUCAUCAGCGGGGAGGACUAUUACGCAGCGCUGGAGGCAGAUGAGUUAUGA